AUGACACGAUUAUCAUGUACGAUAUGGGCAUUAGUGCUCAACAGUUUAAGAAUACCAAUUUUUCAAACAUGUUUUGCUAACGCUAUGGAAGAUGAAUUUGGUUAUCCUCUGAUAUCAAGUCCAUCAGUUACUUCUUUUUUAAUUGCUGCAAGUGUCUACAUUAUCAUCGUCAAUUCCACGAUAUUUCCACAAUCUUUUCGAGAACCGAAACCUGUUUUUAUGUGUUUAUAUGAGUUUCUAGUAACCGCGUUCUUCCUAGAAUUUACUAUUGCAUGCAUAUGGACGCCGAUAGAUGUACUCAUUUUAAGCACACUGCCAAAGAAAAUUUAUCCCAUACUCAUAUCCAGUCGAUUAAAAUUGGGAAAUGUAGCCGAAAUUUUUUCCAUAUUUGGUACGAUUAAAUCAUUCAUGACGAUUCUCACUAAUGUAAUAGCGACAAUGUUUUUUCUAAUUACUCUUCAUGUUACAAAGGCUGUCGAUUUCAAAGAUUUAACGGAUAAUGGAGUAAUGUAUUUCUUGUCGCAUUUGGGAACCAAAUUUUGGCAACGUAUAUGGAGCGAGUUUUCAGAAGUUAAGAAAAACAAAGAAGAUAAAUAUCGUUAUAUAAAUCGCAGAAAUAGCCGCAGAAAGAAUCGUACGAACAACCACCAGAGAUAG